ACAUUUUUUUAUUUACUGUUGUUGAUUCUUAUACAGCUGUUUUGUCGGACGUUAAAAUGUCGAAUACAUUUUAUUUAAUUACAGUUUUAAUUCUUGUAUUAAAUACAAUAAAUGCAAAAGUUAUCAUAACAUCUAAUGGGCCUGUUAGAGGAAGUCUCGUUACUCACGAGAACGUGUCAUAUAUUGCUUAUCGUGGCAUUCCUUAUGCGGAAAAUCCUACAGGUGCAUUACGAUUUCAGCCUCCAGUUACCAAAAAAAAAUGGACUCACGUUUUAAAUGCUUCUUCAAACGGUCCAGUUUGUAUUCAACCAGAGGGUGCCUACAAGAAACAUCAAAUGGGAGAAGAUUGUUUAAGAAUCAAUGUCUACGUUCCCGUAAAAAAAACAAACACAUCCCACUUACCUGUAUUUGCUUUUAUACAUGGGGGAGCAUAUAGAAUUUUAUCUAAAGAUUCUGAUGUUAUUUACGACCCGUAUUUCUUUAUGAAAAAGGGAAUAAUAGUAGUUACAAUGAACUACAGAUUGGGAGCUUUAGGAUUUUUAUCGCUCAAAACACCUGGAGCAUCUGGAAAUAAUGGACUAAAAGAUCUUGUACUAGCCCUUCAGUGGGUAAAGGAGAAUAUAUGCAAGUUUGGAGGAGAUUCAACAAAAAUAACUGUUGGCGGAAACAGCUCUGGGAGUUCAAUGGCGAAUUAUUUAAUGUUGUCCAGAAAAACCACAGGAUUAAUUCAUCGUGUAAUAAUGUUCAGUGGGAGUGCACUGAAUUUCAGGUUUCUGCAACGAUAUCCAAUAGAGAACGCUAGAGAAUUAGCUAGUGGUUUAGGGUUAUCAAUCAAUGAUAGCGAUGUUUUGUUGCAAAACUUAAAAACGGUUAACCCCUUUGAUAUAGUUGAUGCUCAAGAAAAUAUGUACAAAAAAAGCAGAAAUCCCAUCAUUACUUUUGCACCAUUCGUGCCUACUAUUGAACCAGAUUCUGCUGAUGCAUUCUUAACUGAAGAUCCAACCUCUAUGGUAAAAAAGGGAUUAAUUCAAAAUGUACCCGUAUUAGCGGGAAUUAAUUCUUUAGAAGGGAUUACAUUUUACCAUAAAAUAGUAAAUAACAAAACACUGUUAAACGAUUUGGAGAAUAACAUUCAUUUAACAGUUCCAAACGAUAUUGAAUAUCCACGGAACUCUACAGAAUUUCGAAACUUAGUGCAAUCCAUCAAAGAAUUGUAUUUUAAUUCUACAGACACGAGUGCUUUAAACAAAUACUUUCGAAUAUUUUCGGACAUAGCAUUCACGCAUAAAGUCGACUAUUUCAUUUAUUUACACAAAAGAAACCCACAAAGCAACAAAGUUUUUUACUACGAAUUUGAUUUCGACGGUGAUUUGAACUGGGGUAAACUAUAUCACGAUAUUCAGUACCCUGGAACUUGCCACAGCGAUGAAUUAGGAUAUUUAUUUGUCACUAAUGCAACUAAAGAAAACCUAAAAACUUUGGAUAACAAAAGUAGACACGUAUUGAAUAUUAUGGUAUCAGUUAUGUCCAAUUUUAUAAAAUUCGGAAAUCCAACCCCGUCCUGUGACAUGGGUAUAUGCUGGACAGAAAGCAACUGCUCUAGAAAUCAUAUCGUGUUGAAGGAAAUUCCUGUAUUGAAAAACAACUCACCGUACCCAGAGAGAUUCACGUUUUGGAGCGAAGUUUAUAAACAAUUUUACAAAUACGUUAGGGACGGUGGUAAACUCACAAAAAUUCUAGCUUAGAAUUCAGCGAUAGCACGUGUUAGAAGAAUACUUAGGUAACAAUUUUUUUUUAAUGUAUUUUAAAAUUUUUUUAUAUCCACAAAGUAACAUAGGUCAAAGUUAUAUAAUUAUGGAUGUUAUUUGGUGUUGGCAUAUUAAUUAGUUCGCCCAUUGUUACAGCAUGUAAGCAAAUUAAACGGACUAAACUAAAUUAUAUUAUACUUAUAUAUACUAAUUACCAUUACAGUUACUAUUAAUUCGCGUUUUAAAGAGUUAUUCCAAAUAUAUUUUCACUUAACUCAACCGCGGUGUUAACUCAGAAAUCUUUUGAGAUUACAAAUUUUUACUGCGAUACGAUUUAUAAAUUGCGAUAAGUGAAUAAUUUGAUUAAGUGAAAACUCGAUAGUAAUGGUAAAACGGUUGUGUUUUACUGAAGUCUUCUUUUUUUUAAUCAAAUUUCAACGCUCCCAAUGCGGGAUUUUCUCCUAUUACCUACAUUUGUGCUGAAAAUUUCUACACCGGACAAGAAUAAGAUAAAGAAUGCCCAAAUUCUAAAUAGUAAAUAGAUUAUAAUAUUGUGAUUUAUUGAAUAUAUACAAUCUAUUAACAUAUUUUUUUUUAUCCUGCUCGUUUUUUUUAUAAUUGAAGGAUUAUUUCCCGCCCGGCGCCCAGAUGCCUUUCCAGUUUCACCAGGACAGGUGGCGAGCAAAGGCUCAGCCAGAAGCGUGGAAUUAUCUAACAGCUGCCCGAACAGCUAACGGCUGUGCUCUGCAGAUUGGGUCUGGGACUUGUUUCUACUCGAGUAGUAGUCUUGUCAUCGGCGAAUAAGGUUAACUGGGUGGGCGGCUACCGGGGAAUGUCGUUAAUAAAUAAACUAAAUAGGAGCGGAGAGAGGAUUCGUCCUCUUGCCUUGUAGGACUUGUGGGACCUUGUGGUGCCUUGUGGGACUCCAGCCGUGGGCGGUUGCGGUGAGGAGCGGGUAUCCUCGACUCGAUAUCGAAAAGAGCGGUUCGACUAGAAGUCCCGUAUGAUGAGUACGAGACUGUCCGGCACGCCCAUGUUGAACAGUUUGAAAAUCAAACCGCUGUGCCAGACUUUGUCGAACGCUUUUGUGACGUCCAAGAGGGCUCCCGUGUAGAACGGUUUUAGCCCGUUAAGUCCUACGGGCUUGUCGUGUUUGUCGGUGAAAGCUUCGUUGAAUAAUUCCAUUAUAGACUAGGUACAUAUUAUCAUUAUGUAUCUAUAAUAUGUACAUCACGUAUGUUCAUAUACAUAUUUAUACGUAUGAAGACGGAGCGAAUUGUGCGGCAACAGUCACUGGUAUUUGUGGCGGUAGCCAUCACAGAACGCAAGAUAUUUGACAUAUGCCUGAAUCUCGCUUACAUUUUCAACAUAAGCUUGCAUAUAUACAAGUUCCGAACAACAACAUUCGGGCCGUCAAAUAUCGCCCGCUCGGUGGAAGAUCUUUCCCUUCGUCGUGAACCUACAUAUUUAUGUAGAGCAGUGGGGGUAGUUCGUUCAUGAAUUCCCCUGAAUAGUUACAAGCCUUGGAGUUAAACAGUUAAUUUUAACACAUCUUAGUUAGGUAAAUAGCAGUGCAGCGCCGACAUACAUACAUAAAAGAUAAUCUUUAAUUCAGUGGGGUUUCUGAACGAAAUAAAACACAUUUAUUUGAAAGUUACUUAAAUUUAAUUAACAUAAUAUUAUUAUCAUCACAAUAAAAGGUAUGUCGCAGAUAUCUUACAUUUUUAGUUUGAUUUUAAAACUAACGUUUUUUCUACGAAACUUCUGUGUCUAGUUUGACUUGAUCCCUAGCGAUCUGGAAGCUCGCGAUGAGCGCGGCAAGUUCAACCCGCUCGCUGCUUCCGCUCGCCAACCUCGCUUCAGCGUCUGACAUCUUUAUGAGCAAUGACACUAAUACUUCUGGAGGCAGUUUCACUGUGAACAUCACGUUUUAUUGGCGUGAGGACAGAGGGUUGACGCUGAACAUUACUGGGAUCACUGAAAUGUGGAUAUUUACCACUUCUUCUUCUUCUUAUGAGCCCAUGGACUGGUCCACUGCUGGACAUAGGCCUCCCCCAAGCCUCGCCACAAAGACCGGUCGUGCGCUGCCGGCAUAGAGCGGAUCCCCGCAAACCUCAAUAGAUCGUCGGCUCAUCUUGUGGGAGGCCUACCCACGCUACGUCUUCCAAUACCACAUGUGGAUAUUAUACAAUAAUGGGUUUAUGACAACAAGUUGAUAGCAACGCGCUUGAAAUAUCAUUCAAAUUAAAAACAACAACUGCACAAAUAUUUAUCCGAAUCUAAGUGACUGCGAUUACAGAAUACGAAUAAAUAAGCAUUACUGACUA